AUGGCGAUACAUGGAGUAAUUUCUAACUCUACUAAUCCAUCUUUUUUGGAACAAUACAAUGUUUGGCUUCAAGGAGAUACAAAUUCUACUUCAAUGGCUUUGGCUGCAACCAAAUGUUGGUUCGUUUGGAAAGAGAGAUGCCUAAGAGUGUUUGAAAAAAAAGAACGAACACCUGAACAACUUGCAGUUGACAUUGCUCGUCACUACAAUUACUGGCACCCUCACAGUAGCAGCAUUAACUUACAUAAGCACAGCAAAAAUACUGCAAAGAAUAUACAAUGGAUCUUCCCUAGUAGAGACAUCAUUAAACUGAAUUGUGAUGCUUCUUGGGUGUCCAAAAAUACUAAUGCAGGAUUUGGGUUUGUGUUGCGUAAUUGGUUAGGUACAGGCAAGGGAGCAGGAAUGGGCAUCUUCAGAGCAUCAACAGCAGAAGAAGCAGAAGCUCUAACUCUUCUGCACACAACAAGAUAG